UGGCUGGUUGUGCUUGAUUACACAUUCCACUCUUAUUGUCAUCUUUUGGGCAAUCAACUGAGGAUGGGUGGCUUUGAUGACUACAAGCCUGCAAUGGGUAUGAUCGCAGUGCAGUUAACUUAUGCAGGGGUUGCUCUCCUAACAAGAGCUGCUCUUCUCCAAGGAAUGAGCCCCAGAAUCUUUGUCUUCUACAGGCAAUGCAUAGCAACAUUAGUCAUCGCUCCAAUAGCUUAUUUUACCAGGAAAGAUGUAUAUUUGGGAUUGAGAGGCUUCUGUCUGAUAUUCUUGGCUUCUCUUGUGGGCGUAACAAUCAACCAGAAUGUCUACUUUGAGGGCAUACACCUAACCUCAUCAUCAAUGGGAGGUGCCAUGUUUAAUCUAAUCCCUGCCGUGACUUUUGUAAUGGCAUCCAUUUUGGGUAAUGCCAAGAUCAUAGGGACUAUCAUCUGUGUCGUAGGAGCUGUUUCCAUGGUGCUGCUCAGAGGCUCAAAGCUUCUGAACUCAGAAUUGCUAUCAAGAGUAUCUCUUCUCAGCUCCGUAAGUAAGAAUUGGCUUCUGGGCUCCCUCUUCCUCUUCGGAAGUAGCUGCUGCUGGGCUGUUUGGCUAAUUAUCCAGGUCCCGGUUUUAGCAAGCCAUCCGAACCAUGUAUCUCUAUCGGCAUGGAUGUGUUUCAUGGCAGCGUUACAGGCAGGGCUAAUUGCACUCUUCAUGGAGUCAGACCAAGAAGCUUGGAAAUUGCAUUCUUACCUUGAACUUGCUGCUUGUUCCUUUGCAGUAAGUAUAUUUGGUUUGGAUAAAAGCUACGAAGCAGAGACCCUUAUAGAAGAUUUAAUUACCCAUGUCUUACAAGUGUCCAAGUCCAGUAGGACAUGGAUGCCCAAGGAUUGGACACUAAUAAGCUUCAAAAUAUCACUUGGAAUAGCUAAAUCACUGAACUGGGGAAUCGUAGCAUCAGCAAUAUCAGUUUUUAUUACAACAUGGUGCAUUUCGCGUAGAGGACCUCUCUUCUGUGCUACGUUCAGCCCUCUAACCACCGUUGCAGUGACCUUCUUUGCUGCAAUUCUUCUGCACGAAGAGGUCUACACUGGCAGUUGUUCUGAUUGUUGGACUGUACGUGGUGCUGUGGGGAAAAGCUGA